CGUUUAAUUUGGAUUUUUCCAUUGGAUGGCUGAAAACUGCUUUCUAUUUAGUGACCAGCAGAUGGCAGCAAAGGCAAAGUAAUCAAACUGUCCAUUUCCUGGUCUUCGUUCAGUGAUCCCCAACCUUUAUUGAAACGUUCAUAUUUUACAUUCACGGGUUAAUUCUGCCAUCCAGUGGAAAAAGGUUACAUUUGUUUUUAUUUAUUUUGACAUGUCACUGGCAUAGGUACAUGGACGAAGUCGCUAUUGUAUGGAGUAACGAACUCAUCCUCGGGCCAAAACAAUGACCGAACCAACGCGAGGCAGCUUCCGUCACCACUGCGUCAGCACGCCCACGAGUUCCUGACGAAGGAGGGAGGGAGGGAGGAUGACGAGAUGAGGGAAGGGGGGGGCUCGGGUGGGCUGUGGGACACACGCGCACACGCUAACACGCACACGCGCGCACACAUUCCGAGGACAGCGGCAGAGCAGCGGGGAGAUAGCAAACAACAACCUUCUUCAUCCUGCUUUCAGUUAUUGACUUCCAUCUUCAUUCAUCAUUCAGUGGAAUCCAAGCUCCCCCCCCCCACACGUCUGCUUCCAAGGGGAAAGAAAAAAAAAAAACCCACCCCAACCAAAACAAAGGAUUCCAGCACCUCGGAGAGCGACCAUGGCACCGAUGACGCUGGAGGACGCAGCCCAGCCUGUGGCGGUCCCAGCAGGUGUUGCGGUGGUGAGCGUCUUCGGCCUGAUCUUCACCGCGUCAGCCUUUGCGUGGAUCUGCUGCCAGCGCAAAAACACCAAAGGCCAGAAGACGCCCCCGUACAAGUUUGUCCACAUGCUCAAAGGUGUGGACAUCUAUCCGGAGAGCCUCAGCGGCAAGAAGAAGUUUGCCUCCACCCCUGGCAUGACGACGCAUGAAGUCAGUAAAACGGACGUGAAUGGCAACUGCCACAACGCCAUGACGCCCAUGGCCAGUCCCAAGCUGGUGUCGAGUCCCAUCGGCUCCAGACCGGCGCUGCAUCUGGACCUCGAGCAACGGGACCUCAAUGGCAACUUCCCGAGCAAACCCAUUCAUCACCACAAGGUACGCAGCUCGCCCGACUUGGAGCUGCCCUCGCCACACGCCGGCUUCGCCCAGCCCGGCGUGAUUGAGCGGCGGGAACUACCCUCACCUUCAAGCGCCAUCUCCAGCCAGGCCCCGACCCCGGCUGUGGACGAGAGACAAGGGAGGCUCGGCACCCUCCAUUUUGCUUUGGAGUACCAACCGGAGAAGAAGGCCUUCAUUGUCCACAUUCAGGAAGCCCAUGGCUUGAGCCCAACUGAUGAGCAGUCCUUGACCUCAGACCCCUACAUCAAGCUGACCCUCUUACCGGAGAAGAAGCACCGAGUGAAGACCAGAGUGCUGAGGAAGACUCUGGACCCGACCUUUGACGAAACCUUCAGCUUUUAUGGAAUCCCGCUGCCCAAAGUGUCGGAACUGGCUCUCCAGUUCAUGGUGCUCAGCUUUGACAGAUUCUCCCGUGAUGAGAUCAUUGGGGAGACCCUCGUGCCGCUUUCGGGCAUCGACCUGUCCGAGGGCCGCGUGCUGAUGAGCAGGGAGAUUAUCAAGAGGAACAUCAAGAAGUCAUCAGGCCGAGGCGAGCUGCUGCUCUCCUUGUGUUACCAGUCCACCACCAACACGCUGACCGUGGUGGUCCUCAAGGCCCGCCACCUGCCCAAGAAUGACAACAACGGACCCUCGGAUCCGUACGUCAAAGUCAACCUGUAUCAUGGGAAGAAGCGGGUGUGCAAGAAGAAGACCAGCGUGAAGAAGUGUGCUCCCAACCCCGUCUUCAACGAGCUCUUCACCUUUGACCUGCCCUCCGACGAAGGCUUGAGAGACACCAGCGUGGAGCUGCUCCUGAUGGACUCGGACACGGGCAACUCCCGCGGCUCGAAACCGGUCCUCGGACGCCUGCUGAUGGGCACGACGGCGGCCGGCACGGCCGGCGAGCACUGGCGGGAGAUCUGUGAGCACCCGCGGCGCCAAAUCGCCAAGUGGCACGCCAUGUCGGAGGAUUAAGAUGGCAGGAUGCGUGCUGGAGGUCUCAUCUGGUUCAACCAAUAGAGCGACUGAAUGAUGAAAGCACGAUUUAGCCAUUUGGACGGUUGGGGAUUGGGGGGGGGGAGCAUGAUGUCAUCAGUCAAUCAAUUAUUUAAUCAUUCGCUCAUCUUGGAAGUUACAGUGGUACCUUGACUUGCGAGUACCUUAACGUAAGUAGUUUUUCAACUUACAAGGCAUCGCUUAUUUAUUUAUUUAUUUUUUGCAUUCUAUUGUUAGCCAAAACCAGAACUAUAGAUACACUCUACUGCCAAAAGUGUCCGCCUGGACUUGCAUAUUGUUGCUGUCAGGCGGAAUCCUCACAGCUCCAAAAUUUCUACUUUUAAGGAAAUGUUUAAAAAAAAAAAAAACCAAAUGUGGUUCAUCAGCUUCCUGAACUCUUUUAAAUGUCUUCAAGCUUUGAGUGAUGCCGUAAAUAAAGCUGACCAAGUAGUUUAAUAGGUGAAAAUGAAUCUGGACAUUUCUUCGUAUCUUUGUGGUUGACUUUUGAACUGAAGCAUUUCAGCUAUCCUUUUUUUUUUUUUUUUUUUAACAAAACAGACUUACUCAAAUGUAUCCGAUCGAGCUAUUGUCACUUGUUACCGACUUUAAAAAAAAACAAACAAAAAAAAAAACAUCCUGACUUUCAGUUUUGAGGCGACAUAAUGCUACGCGGCUCCCUCAGAGUGGGGGAAGAGGAAGAGUUUUACAACACUUCUCAGAGAAUUCAAGCGUUCAAGACAAAUAAUCAAUUUAUACUCAGACUGUUUUGUAAUUCAAUUGGUUGAUAAUGCUUAAAAAAACAGACAACAUGGAGACA